CGCUCCAUCCAGCGCCGUUGCCAGGCAACGUCAGACGCGGACCGCAGCCUGGUCUAGGACUUAGCCGCAGCAAGGACGAUGGACUCCGACACCCGCGAGCUACAAAACGAGCCAGAGGACGACGAGAUCACGGCCGCCAUGCUGCGGGGCCGGCCUCGGCCGCUGCCCCUCUCGGCCCUGUCGGCCUUCAGCUACAUCCCGCCGCGGCGCCGGGACCCCGAGGAGCACAACUACUACCGCCGGCCGGGCCAGACAGGGAUUGUUUCACUCUAUGACUGCAUCUUUAAGAGGCGCCUAGAUUACAACCAGAAAUUGCACAGAGAUGACAGAGAACAUGCAAAAGGCCUGGGCCUCCAUGUUAAUGAGGAGGAACAGGCCAGGACUGUGGGGGUGCUGACGUCCUCCGUGUAUGGGAAGCACAUCCAGCACCCCAUUGAGCCCCUGAACCGGGGCUACGGCCGUGUGAACCAUGUGCAGGCGGACUUCUACAGGAAGAACGACAUCCCCAGCAUCAGGGAGCCUGGCUUCGGGCACAUUGCGCCAGCCUGAUGCAGUCCUCGUGGCCGGCGGGGCAGUGCGGUGGCACAGGAGGGAUGGCACCCACACCCUGUUCCUAACAUCGAGUCGCAUCUCACAGUAGGGGGUGCACAGCUUUCCCUCAGCUUGUCUCAGAUAGAAACCUGGCCAUACACCUUUCUUACAUAUUAGACUGUGGAGAGAGGAUUUUACCUGCACUCAUUUCAGAUUAAAUGACACUGGAGAGGGGCUGACUGUGAGCACCCGAAUAAAAGGAAAACAUGGUUCCCUUCCAUGAUGCUGGGCUGGUCUCAUCACUGUCUCUGUCUUUGUCUCACUGUCUCAAGGAGGCCACCAGAGUGGGAAGAAGCAAUUUUGCUAACAGUGAAGGGAAAUGCUGAUAACACACAGCCCCGACUCCUUCCUUUCUCCACGGGGAGGGAAGAUGCAACCUGGACGAGGCAUCUGUUUCCCUAGUGGUCUGACUCACAAAGGCCUGGAUGACAGCUCUGAG